AUGAAAGGGUUCAGUGCUUCAAUACUUCUGCUCUGCUUCAUGCUUUUGAGGCAAGCGUUUGGUUUGCGUUUCGAUAUACCAGCAUCCAAAAAAUCAGAACAAGUUUGUGUUCGUGACUUUGUUUCUGAGGGCCAACUUGUCGUGAUUGAUAUCAACAGUGAUGGUUCUGUUGGUGAUGGUCAACAACUAAACCUAUAUGUUCGUGACAGUAACGGUAACGAAUACCGUAGAAAAAGAGAUUUUGCAGGUGAAGUUCAAGUAGCGUUCACCGCCCCACAAUCGACUGCAUUUGAUGUGUGCUUUGAGAACUUGGCCCAAGCCAAUGGUAGAUCUUUGAGUCGUUCCAUUGAAUUGGAUAUAGAAUCCGGUUCUGAAGCGCGUGAUUGGAACAAGAUUCAGGCCAGUGAGAAGUUAAAGCCUGUGGAAGUGGAUCUACGUAGAAUAGAGGAGCUUACAGACGAAAUUGUUGACGAGUUGAACUACCUAAAGGCUAGAGAAGAAAGAUUGAGAGAUACUAACGAAUCCACGAACAGAAGAGUUAGAAACUUCUCUAUGGCCGUCAUUUUCGUAUUGGUUGCUUUGGGUGCAUGGCAAAUAAACUACUUGAAGAACUACUUCAGAGCUAAGCAUAUUAUCUAG